AUGAAGGCUACAACAGCAUCUCUGGCCAUUGCCAUGAUGGCGACCGGUGCUCUGAGCAGAGACGUCCCACAAAAUAUUCGAAACUUCUACAACAAGAUCCACAGCGGCAAAUGUACCGGCGGCCAUGUUCUUCAGGACGGCUUUUACAGCCAGGAUGGUGGUCCCAAGACUUUUGCGUACUGCCAGGACAAUGAUAAUGGAGUGGUGUACAUUCAUGGAAAGACCACUGGCUUCGCCAACAUGGACAUUGACUGCGAUGGAGACCAGUCGGACCACGGAGAUGGACGAUGCGGAAAAUCCACCGACACCCAGAGCACCACCGCUUUCAAGGACCAGGUCCAGCAGUACUCCAAACAAACGGGCACCGAAGUGAGCGACGUGAACGCCAACUACAUUCCAUAUGUUGUGUUCGGAAAUGAAGGCAGCAAGAACGGCUACACAAACUUCAACCCACAGGACCAUGGUAUCCAGCCUUUGAGUGUCAUGGCAGUCGUCUGUGGUGACCAGCUCGUGUAUGGUGUAUGGGCCGACACCAACGGUGAUGAUGGUCCUCCUCUGGUGGGAGAGGCUAGUAUCUCGCUUGCGACUGCAUGCUACGGCAAAGGCAUCAAUGGCGGCGCCGGCCAUGACGAAAACGACGUGCUCUACAUCGCGUUCCCCGGUAGUGUUGCGGACACAGUCCACAAGCACGCGAAAUGGAAUGCGAAGAGCUUCGACGACUUCGAGACGUCGAUUGAAUCCACAGGCGACAAGCUCAUCCAGCGUAUCUAG